GAGCACCUCUCCCCUGGUAUGACCAAUGGUUAUGGGCUCGCGCAGGAAGAGCUUCUCUCACCGGCCUCCAUGCAGUACAGCCUGCCCUCCCCGCUGGGUUCUGAGCCUUACUGGCAGGAAGUCUCCAGUCUGGACUGUGCACCCAUUGCCACCACAGAAGAAGACACCCUCAUGGAGAUGUCUGAUGUGCAGGUGUGGCCCUCAGGCAACAGCCCCUCCCUGGUGCCUGUAGAGGACUCCUCGCUGGAGUGCAGCAAUGCCGACGAUUCAGAAGGCCUGCUGGGGCUGCCGUACGGAAGUCUGGGUCGCCCGGCUAGUCAGGCCAGCGCAGCCAGCGGAGGGGGUGGGGUGCUGAGUGGCUCCAUUGAGCUACCCGAAGACGAUUCAGAGAUGGGCGUUGACUCGCUCAGCACUGCCACGCCAGCCUCGCUUGGGGGCACAAUUGCUGGGAUGAAUCUUAACGGGCUGAACAAUGGUCAGGGGUCAGAGGCAAGUUCAGAGGCAUCGGCGUUCACCAGUACGACUGGUGGAGAUGGAGCUGGAGGAGGAGGAGGAAGAGGAGGGACGGGCUCAGUGGAAGGGCUUUCUCUUGUUGCAGGACAGCAAAGGGUGUAUGCUCGGCUGAGUGAGUCACCUGGUCUGAGCUGUGUUGCAGAUCGGAAUGGAGACAGGUCAGAUAAUGGUGGAAACGGAGGUGGUGGAGGCUCUUUCCUUUCCUACCUGCAGGAACAGACAGGUCCGGGAUGGAUCCCUGUCACCGACCCUACACAGGCCUGGGUGGGCAAUCAGCCUAAACCCAGGCAGGCCAUGGACACCAUGAUGUCAUCAGUAUGUAACGCCGUGGACGGAGACCAGUCCCACGUGUCCCAGGAGGCCUUGCUUCAGCCGGUGAGGGACAUGGGGCACUCGGAGAUCUUGCGGGGCCACUUCAGGGGUACCCAGCCGUUUGAGAAGGGUUUGGGUUUCCCACACAGGGUACCAGAGCUGAGGGCCUGGGACGACGUGCGCCUGAAAGGCCAGGGCGAUGAGGUUGAAGAUCUUCCAGGGGAGCAAGUAAGCGAGGAACAGUUCACGGAUGAACAUGGAAACAUUGUCACAAAAAAGAUUGUGCGUAAGGUUGUGCGCAGAGGGAAGGGUUCAGGUGAGGAGGGGGCUCAGGAUGUGAGCCUGGAGGGUUCUCUGCAGGACGCCAACGAGCUGGAGGUUGAUGCUGAGCAGUUCAUGAGCUACGCCAUCCUGGGCCGGGACAGCAGCAAGCCCGAUACUGUGGAUGUGAAGAAAGGUGCUCAGAUAGUGAAAUGUGCCAGUCUGCGGAGAGUUAAGCAGUGAGGCAGACUGAGUGCUGCGUCCCCGCAGAGUUCUCCGCAGGAUUCAACCCCUUCACCAAAACCAUCCUACAUGGACACAUGACCAGCAGCAGCUGACAGGAGGAAGAACAUACAUAAAAAGGCAGACAGACAGAAAUGAAGGGCAACAGACGCCAACGCUAUGACAACCACAGCACGCACCGGAAGAGAAGGAUACGGAUUUACUUGUAGUUUUUAUUACCUUUUUUUUUAAAGAAACCAUGGGAAAAAAAACAUCUACUACUAGGCUAGAAGCAUGAUUUCGUAUAAAACAAAAACCAAACACAAACAAACAAAAAAAACUAGCAACCAAAACGUGCUUCCUGUUAUCUGUAUCAGCAUGAGUGACUGCUGCCGCAUGGCCUGUCUUUAACUACAAAUACUGAGGGAAUACAAGGGAGGGUAAACGGGUGGGGAGGGAUGGGGAGGA